CAUUCUACUGACUACAAGUAACUUUGCAAGUACGUCAACUUAAUCUAACCCUAACCCUACCAGUCCACUAAUACUCCACUAACACUCUAGUGAGACUUAGUAGAUAUGUAGGUGCAACGUUACUUAUAGUCAACAGAAUGUGUUAAAGGGACCAUCAAAAUAAAGUGAAACCCAAUAACGUACUAAUAAUGUAAUAAACUAAUUCUUUAGUUAACUGAUCUGAGUUUGCUCUGCAAAUAUUUAUUUCUUCAUGCAAGCAUCAUAUGAUCACGUCAAUUUUCUUAUUUCUUAUUCUAAUUCUAAAUUUCUUAUAUAGUUUUUCUUAUUUCUUAAGCUUCACUUUUGACUGCCCUUGUGUAACUUCCUUUCAUUAUGUGCACAUCAUAGUCACACCUAGACAAAACGAGAACUAGACCUCGGACACACUGGUGCACCCAUAUGAUAACGGCAACCAAGCACACACACCCAGAACACACACACACACCAGGAACACACACACACACACACACACACAGAACAUACACACACACACACACACACACUCAUAUGUUCAUACAUGCAUCUUAAUUGUUGUUAUAUUUCUUAAUAUCCAUAUAGGGUAUUUUUUGACCUCUGAUUACUUUGAUUGGAUGCCAAGGGCAUCCUGUAUGUUGUUGCAUGAAUCAGUGUUGUAUAAAUAUGACCCAUCUUCCUUAAUAAAGUUGAGAAUUUUAUUGUAGUGCACUAGCUCUCUAUGUCUGCUUGAUCAAUUAAUUAAUUUCAUCCGUAUUUUAAUCCAUCAGGCCAGUGCUGCAGCAAUGCAUCACUUCAUUUGCAUGAUGUUUUCACUGCUAGUCAUUACUGGACUGCAGGUGAGUGUUGAGUCUGCAGGAACACGUUCUGAGCGAAGCUUUAGCAGACAUUAUAAAUCAGAGCUGACCGUGCCGAAUGGAGGGAGAUGGGGGUCGUGGGGUCACAGAGAAAUGUGUCCAACUGGAACGUACGCCGCAGGGUUCAGUCUAAAGGUGGAAGAUCAUAUUGGUUAUAGGGAUGAUACUGCACUCAAUGGGAUUCGCCUUCACUGCGUUAAAAAGAAUAGUAAAGGCUCCUCAAACUCGUAUCACAGCUACGCCUCAGUUCAUUCAGAUGUAGGCAGCUGGGGUCGGUGGACUGAUAUCAAAUGGUGUCCUUCUGGAUUCUUGACUGCUUUUCAGCUGAGAGUCGAAAGCCCUAAAGGACUUGGUGACGAUACGGCCGCAAACAACAUCAGGUUCACAUGCAGUGGAGGGUCUUUACUGCAGGGUGACGGCACACACUGGGGCGAUUGGAGCGCCUGGAGUCAAACAUGUUAUGGAAAAGGGAUUUGUGGUAUCAAGACACGGAUAGAAGAGCCGCAGGGCAUUGGAGAUGACACCGCUCUCAAUGACGUGCGCAUGUACUGCUGCGUUUAAGGUGAUGUGUUAGAGGACGACAACAAGAACAGCAAGAAGAUGAGAUGGAC